UGUCACUCGGCUACAUUGCCAUGGCGUUCCUGUGCCAGCCUGGAGCUGCCGCUGGAUCUUCCCAAGUGUUUAACUUCACCUUCAUCAACGACUGCAAGAAUGACAUCAUUCUGCAAGAUUGGGAUGUGAUCAUCCCUGCGAGCGGGUUCAAAGAGGUGCUUCACCUACGCCGCACUGGACUUCAAAGGAUAUCGUGGCGUUACCUGAGCGGUCCAUGGGACACCGAAUUCAUCGAGUUAAACGGAGACUGGGCGGGGGUAGGAACCCCAAUGUAUGGCCAUCCGAACUAUGCCUCCUGGGCGGGCUUUUCCAUGUCUAGCAGGUAUGAAGCCUUGGACCCCUCUGGCAGAUAUGCGUGUUCUGACGCAGCUGCAGAGCUUCGAUUUUCCGUAGCAACCUGCCCCUCUCAGAAAACCUUGCGUUACGCUUGUGACUUCUUCCCAACCCAAUUGAGCAUUCGCAACUGCUCCAGCAAGUUUGCGCUUUACAUGCAGGAGCAUUCUUGGGCCAUCAAUCCCAAUGGUACCCGCGCACGUGAAUAUGCGUCGACCCAGAACAUCAUCAACUAUUGGUGUGCUCCAGAAUCUUCAGACUGGAAGGGCUGGGGUGUAGGCCAGGCGAGCUGAAAGACAUUUUUUGCGAUGAGAGCUGCUAUGAGUGAUUCGUAGCUUUGUCCCGAACUUCUUUUGUUUGGAGCCAGGAUCAUUGAUCGAUUGCACCAACAGAGAUGUGCCAAUCCAUUUUCAGGUGACCACUUGCAUCAGUUGAAGAACGAUUGAUGCUUAAAGCUGCUGGAGCCACAUGCGCUUAAUUUAUCUUAAUUUCUUUCCUUGACCCUUUGCAAUUGCUCAGGGGUCAAGUUUGCUAAGAUGUUGAUGCGUUUUAAUUUUCACAUAGCUUCAAAGCUAAGAUUUUUGUCUGGGCCAAAGGGCUCUUCCUUCUUUUAGUGUUUUGACUGAGAAAA